UCGUGUUACGUCCUGUUUUUCAGCCAAUCACAGGUGAAUGAUUUGCACUUCAGACGAACAUGCUACGAAUGCGGUGUGUUUGGUGUUUCCUCCCCGGAAAUGCGUUUAUUCUGAAUAUUAUUCAUAUUGCCCAAACUCUUUUUCGAAGAUGGAAUUUCUUUUGCUUAUUCCAUACAAUUUGUACUAAAAAAAAUAUUUUGUUCUACAAAUUUGACGUCAUGAAGACAUGCCGAUGUCCCGGUCAUAAUCGCUAUUCAUUCAAUUGUCAUCGUUCGUAGUCAUAAUGUUUUCAAAUACUGAUUGAAUUAUCAUGGUGUUUCAAAUUUUAACAGUAAAGGAUUAUAUACACUACAAAAAAAUGUAAGUCAUGUAAAUGAUUUUGUUUUUUCAACUCGUAACCGGAAGCUGCUUGAAUUAAAGUCAUGGACUUGACGGAGGCUGCGCCGAUAAACAAUGUAAAUCCAGGAAGCCAGUUUGACAUGUUGUCGUCCGAACUCUGCGUCAGAAACGUAUGGCCAUCCAUCCAUCGACCCGAGGAUCCCGCUCUCCUCCCGGCUGCAGCCGUCUGACCCGCUGCUGAUUCCGAACCAGUACCGUCAACUGCACCAGGAAUGAAGUGGUUCAGUUCCUUCUGAGCCGUCGUUUUUCCAUUCAUAUCAACACGUCGACAUUCUCUGCCAAAAUGAGGAUAUUUUGGUCUUUAUUAAAAAACACCAACCCCAAAAUCGAGUAUUAUUCCCGGUUCUCUCCUUCGCCCCUGUCCAUCAAGCAGUUUCUGGAUUUUGGCAGGGACAAUGCAUGUGAGAAAACCUCGUACAUGUUCCUGCGGAAGGAGCUGCCGGUGCGUCUGGCCAACACCAUGAGGGAGGUCAACCUGCUGCCGGAAAAGCUGCUGAAUCAGCCGUCUGUGCGACUGGUGCAGAAAUGGUACAUGCAGAGCUUUGUGGAGCUGCUGGAUUAUGAAAACAGAAAACCAGAGGAUCCUCACGUGCUGAACGACUUCCUGGAGCUCUUGAUAGAGAUCCGUAACCGCCACAACGAUGUUGUUCCCACAAUGGCUCAGGGGGUCAUCGAGUACAAGGAGAAGUUCGGCUUCGACCCGUUCGUCAGCAGCAGCAUCCAGUAUUUCCUCGACCGCUUCUACACCAACCGCAUCUCUUUCCGCAUGCUCAUCAAUCAGCACACGCUUUUGUUCGGUAAUGACACCAAUCCUGCUCACCCCAAACACAUCGGCAGCAUUGAUCCCUCCUGCAGUGUGGCUGAAGUCGUGAAUGAUGCUUAUGACACAGCCAAAAUGCUGUGUGAGAAGUACUACUUGGCUGCUCCGGAGCUCAAGAUUGAAGAAUUUAACAUGAAGGCUCCUAAAUCAUCCAUCCAGGCUGUGUAUGUUCCCUCGCAUCUGUUCCACAUGCUGUUUGAGCUCUUCAAGAACUCAAUGAGGGCGACAGUGGAGCUGCACGAGGACAGUAAAGACGGUUUACCACCCGUGAAAGCAAAAGUCACUCUGGGUAAAGAGGAUCUGUCCAUCAAGAUCAGCGACAGAGGAGGAGGAGUUCCUCUGAGGAAGAUCGACCGUCUGUUUAACUACAUGUACUCCACUGCGCCAACACCGAGCCUGGAGCCUGGAGCGGUUCCUCUGGCUGGUUUUGGCUACGGUUUACCCAUUUCCCGACUCUACGCCAGAUACUUUCAAGGUGAUCUGAAGCUCUACUCCAUGGAGGGUGUGGGGACGGAUGCCGUCAUCUACCUGAAGGCCCUUUCCAGCGAGUCAUUCGAGCGUCUUCCUGUCUUCAACAAAUCAGCAUGGCGGCAUUACAAGACCCCCCCUGAGGCGGAUGACUGGAGCAACCCCAGCAAAGAGCCACGCGAUGCCAGCAAGUCCAAAUACAAAGCAAACAGAUAGCUCUGCUCUGCUCGGCUUGGCGGCACGGCUGCUCUGUGGCUGCUGGUAACCUGAUGUCGCCAUUGGGUAGCUCGAUUUGUCCAGUGGUCCCAAACGUGUUCACUCCAAUCCAACAUGGCCGUGGCCUCUACCCAAUGGCAGCCAUUUGAAGCCAGCUUGCUUUAACUGGAUUGGCAUUAUCACUCAUUCUUUCAAAACGGCAUUUACAUGGCAUUUUUAAUGCUCCACUGAUGAUCACGUGAUAUAAAUGAGUCUCCUCCUCUUCCUCCUUUUCUUCCUCGUACUCCUCCUCGCCACAUUUCCGGCAGCUCGUGAUUAUAAUUGUAACUUGUGAUUGAGUGUGACUCUGAUCAACCGAGUCGGUGAGCACUGACUUCCAACCUGAGCAGCAUUUUCACUGGAGGACAGUCAAAAAGAAACAUUCAAAAGGGGCCAGAGACUUUAUGGUGCCUCUUUUGCCAAUCAAAAAAAGCAGACAAUGACAGAACUCUGUCAACUUACAAGGACGGAGCCAUGAGUAGGGGUGUGUCAUGUAUCAUGUUCAUGAUUGUAGGAAGAAUGGACUGUUCUGACCGAUGGACCGAUCGGUGCAGCGUCAUCGGUGGUGAGGUCUACCUUCUGUGACACUGUAGGUUUCUUCCCUCACUUAUGGGACCAAGCUUUGUGGCGGUAACUGAAAAGCUACAGACAUAAGACGCCAUGAAACUGCUGCUAAAUGAAGCCAGUGGUGAGUCAAGCUGGUCAGGAUGUUGACUACUGGGAAGAGGAGGAGAGGAGUUCUGUUUAAGUUGUUGCUAAACAUUAAGAGUGAAUGACACUCACACAGUGGAGACUUGUUUUAUGCUUGGGCAUAUGACACAACGGCUUUAACGGUUCAGCCUGACUGGUUUUAAUUUUAUGGAAUGUUUGUCGCACAUUAACCUGAUUUGUACUGUAAUUGUGUGAGUGAGCGAUGCAGAGGCAUCCUGAGUGUCUUCAUGUGACCGACAGGGUUCUCGUGCGGCCUUGAACACUCCAUUAACGUUAAUCUGAUCAUUCACUCCCAGUGUCUGCAGCUGAAGUCACAUGAAAGGAUUGGCAUGUGCAGUAACGUCAGAUAUUAUCUGAUAACACUGUUCAAUAUUUAGCCAUAGCAAUAGUGCAAUAUACAUAAAAUAACAUAGUGAAUAUACACAAGGCAGUGUUACUGCUUAUUAUUUGAGUCCUCUCAAUUGGACGUAGAUGUGAGUGGCUGUCUGUGUGUGUCCCUGCAACCUGCCCGGAGUGUGGAUGGGAAUAACUCGCAGCUAAAACAUGGCUAGCCUAGCCAGCAGCUGGUGAAGAAGAAUGCAGUUAUUUGAAAACUUCGUCUGUGCCUUUUGACUGCGGUAGCCUGCAAAACAAUAGACACCUGAAUAUUUUAUUUUAAUAGUUCAAGCUUUUCCACUGGUUUAACUUCAUCGAGUCUAGUUGUGAGUCACCUGAGUCUAUUAUAUAAAGAAAAUGUUUAUUUUGUGCUGGUCACAGAACAAGCUUGAACCCAGUUGGGGUUGUCUGCUGGAUUCUGAUUAGUAAGCAUGUGUGAGUGUGUGUGUGUGUAUUCAUCUACAUACCAAACUCAAAACUUCCGUCAAGGGUCUCAUUUCUUAUUCAGCCGCUGUUCAAAGUGCUUUACAGACUAUUAGCAUCUGUUAAGGAUGGACACAGACUAUCCAUCCCUCCCACCUUGAGAUAAAGUUUAAUGCUUUGAUUUAAUUUAAAAUAGCAAGCAACACACGUAUGCUCCCUGCUGUUUGCUUGAGCUCUCUCUUCCUCCCGCUCUGUACAUACCUCUGAACCAUUAACCAAAUAUUAGUGGCAUGAGCUGUGGGACAUCACUGAAGCCAGUUUCCUUCUUUCCCCUCAGCUCCUCCUGGUGUCAAAUGAGUGUAGACAAGUGUGUCUACUGCUCUUAUUCUGAUCAAUACUGCCUUCGUGAACCUGCCAGUCCAGACAACGUGCUGCACAGAAAGUCUCAGACUAACUGGAAGAUCAAAAAUAUGAUUGUUAUAUGAGGAGGUGUCAACCUCAGCUUUGUGUGUUAUUUAAUGUGUAUAGAUCAUGAACUUGUGUGUGAAGUCACAGCUCUGUUGUCCAUCCUGUUGUAGCUUCUGACUGAAUAUAAAUCUACAUUUCUCUGCAGAGGCGAGGAACUAAAAGAGUGUUUGAUAGUAUUUACUGUUCUCUUGGAAACUGAUCUCGAAAUGUAAAAUAAAGAUUCUGUCAUGCUGUG